AUGGCGGGCGGCCUCUCCGGAGCACGGUACUGGAACGGUACCCGAUGCUCCCGGCAAGCACCGAGCCUUGCUUCCCCGUUUAAACUAACCCUUCCUCUUUCCUUCCCUUUAGGCCCCGGGAAGAAAUACAAGGUUAAAUUCGACAACAAAGGGAAGAGUUUGCUGUCGGGCAACCACAUCGCUUACGACGCCCACCCGGUGCCCGAGAGGCUACACGUGGGCAGCCGGGUUGUGGCCAAGUACAAAGACGGAAACCAGGUCUGGCUCUACGCGGGAAUUGUGGCCGAGAUGCCCAACGUGAAGAAUAAGAUGAGGUUCCUGAUCUUCUUUGACGACGGUUACGCCUCCUACGUCAUCCAGCCGGAGCUUUAUCUCAUCUGCAGGCCUCUCAAGAAAUCCUGGGAGGACAUUGAAGAUAUCUCCUGCCGGGAUUUCAUCGAGGAAUACGUCACGGCCUACCCCAACCGUCCCAUGGUGCUCCUGAAGGGCGGCCAGCAGAUCAAGACCGAGUGGGAGGGCACCUGGUGGAAGUCGCGGGUGGAGGAAGUGGACGGCAGCCUGGUCAAGAUCCUCUUCCUGAGCAAGUAG